CCUGAAUCCGUGGUCUGCAUCUGCCUUCCUCCUCCUUCACCGGCGUCAACCCCUCGAGCCGCCCAAAACCUGCCCCAGACGAGUCGCCAUUGAAGGUUCGAUUCCCCGCCCUAAAGACUCUGGCCACGGCAGGCAGACCAUCAUUCUUUAUCGCCUCGGACGGGCGUUGUCGCAGAGGGCAGGUCUAGCUGCUUUCAAACACGACCGCUUGCCUCGGGCGCAAACCUUUCCAGCGGCCAGGUUCCAUCACUCUGCAUUAAUCGUUCAAUCCAGAUACAUUCCUCGUGCUGAAAGACCAGUGAGCCUUGCUGGCAAGACCCUUCCAUAGCUGGGACCUGCACCACGAGCAGGUCAAGGACGCGACUUGGCCAUCUCACGACAACGUGUCGCGUCAAGUUGAACCUGUCCCUCCCAAACGACCACCGAGCGCGAGACACUUAAUCGAGUCAAGAUGUUUUUCCUCCACAACCUCACCCGACAUGUGACUCUUCACCCGUCCUACUUCGGCCGAAACAUGCACGAGCUGGUCACCACCAAGCUGCUGAAGGAUGUGGAGGGCACAUGCGCGGGCAACUACUUCAUUAUCACCAUUAUGGACACCUUUGAUAUCUCAGAGGGGCGCAUCCUGCCUGGGAGUGGGCUGGCAGAGUUUACGGUCGGCUACCGUGCUGUCGUGUGGGCUCCGUUCCGGGGCGAGACGGUUGAUGCUGUUGUGUUCUCCGUCAAUCCUCACGGCUUCUUCUGCCAGGCUGGCCCGCUACAGCUGUUUGUGUCGAACUUCUUGAUGCCCAAGACGUGCAAGUACGAUGCAAAUGCCACACCCCCACAGUUCACCGAUCACGAAGGCUUGACCAUCGAGAGCGGCUCCCACGUUCGUGUCAAGAUCGCCGGUAUCAGGAACGAGGUUGGCGAGAUCAGGGCCAUUGGCAGCAUCAACGAGGAUUACCUCGGACCUCUGCAAGACUAAGAAAGACACUGCGCAGACAGCGUCCCGAGAAGGUCCUGUGGGCGCGCGCCCCAGUCACAAUUUGGGCAGCAAGCUCGAGCCGAUGUGGGUGGCACUAGACACGGGCCAAGACCGCCCGCUGGUGAGCCAAAGUGACUGCGGUUGUUUAAAGCGCUAUUCGCUCGAGCGUGGUGCGCUUGAAAGUGAAUCAGACCCCCCAAGGACUUGUGUGCCUAUCGCUUAGGUAAUGCUCUUUGUGGAUGUUAUCCAAGGUUCCACUUCGGGGGCGGCGCGCCCGCAGUUGCAAAAAUUAUGGUCGCCCGCGGACUUGGGCGGUGAGGUUCCCAAAAGAUCGAAGUAAGGCUUUACAGGGCACAGCAAAAAUUGGCCAGGGCGAUUAGGGCACAGUCUCCCAACUGUUUGAAGCCGGCGUUGCAGUGGUCCCUCGUCUUAUAGAAUCAUGUUCGCUCGAUGAAUCCAGAAGAGAAGCCCUCUUUUGGGUAUCGAACUUGACAAGAGCAGUUCUGGCGAUCAGAGUGACAGCGCACUGGAUGCCUGGCCAAGAAGAUCUGGCCGCUAUCUGCCCCAAGCGAUAUAUAGCAUGACUUCUGGAAUUCGGAAAGGGCUGGACUUUAUGAUUAUGGACCAUUCCAAAUUUGCCCUUGCCACAUUCAAAAUGUCCCUGGACCGUGAUUUAUUUGCUGUGGCUCAAGUGAGGACAAGGACAACCGACUGGGAGUUCUCGCUCGCCGUGCAAACGCAGGCACUGCGAUGGUGCAGGCACCUUGGGCUGUCCUCUAAUGGCGAUCUCGAGUUGGUAUCGCAAAGAAGGUCCUGGCGUCCAGCCGUCGUCCCCUAGUGACCGGCCCGGUCCUUCUUUCCCCAGGACGUUCUGAUGGCGGUAGUCCCCCACAGUGCUUCGGUCCAAGUUGACCUAGGUAAACUGCAUGUUUCUCAAUUUUCAAACUUCGCUGAAUUGGAGAGCCCAUAGAGGCGCCCGGUCAUCAUUCGCUUAUCCCACUUAAGUCUUUCAUCACAACUGAUUAUCGUUUGUCCACUCGCUUCCCAUACAUUGACAGUCUUUGUGUGCGAUCAAUACCAUCGGAAGCCGGCGACUGGACUGGCCCUGCACACCCAUGCCUGGGGAGCCCUCGAGCCUCGCAAAACCCAUUCCUCCCAGAAGAACGGCCUGGGCUAACAACUGUCACGAUUUGUC